AUUUGAAACCUCAUUCCAAAUCCCUCGCUCUCUUCCCCAAACGCCGUCUUCUUUGCUCUUCUCAUUUCAUCUCUUCUUCAUUGAUGGCUACCCAAAUUUCAUUCAUAUUAUGUCUCCUGACUUACCAAAUUUUAAUCUCAGGUGUAUUGUCCACCACUUUCAGCAUCGUAAAUAAAUGUGAUUACACAGUUUGGCCGGGAAUUCUUUCAAACGCCGGAGUUUCACCCCUUCCGACAACCGGCUUCGUCCUCGCCGCCGGCGAGUCUCAAACUAUCUCCGCUCCCGCGUCUUGGGGCGGUCGGUUCUGGGGCCGAACUCACUGCUCCCAAGACUCCACCGGAAAAUUCUCUUGCCUCACUGGAGACUGUGGCUCUGACAAGGUUGAGUGCAGUGGAAACGGUGCAAAGCCGCCGGCAACUCUGGCGGAGUUCACCCUUGACGGCGCCGGCGGGCUGGAUUUCUUCGACGUGAGUUUGGUUGACGGUUACAACAUCCCUAUGCUCGUGGUCCCACAGGGCGGUACCGGCGAGAAGUGCGCGAGCACGGGAUGUGUGGUGGAUUUGAACGGCGCGUGUCCUUCAGAGCUCAAGCUUACGAGCGUGGACGACGGAAAGAGCAUCGCUUGUAAAAGCGCGUGUGAAGCUUUUAACCAACCACAAUUCUGUUGUAGUGGCGCGUACGCCACUCCCGAUACUUGCAAUCCCUCUCCGUAUUCGCAAGCGUUUAAAAACGCGUGCCCACGCGCUUACAGCUACGCUUACGACGAUUUAACCAGCACGUUUACAUGUCUCAACGCCGACUAUAUCAUCACAUUUUGCCCCUCGCCCAACACUAGUCAGAAAUCAACGGAAACUCACAACACAAACACGCCAGUGAUCAAUGGCGGCAAUGGCACAAUGGUUUACGAAGGGGCUGCGUUUGAUCUAAGCAGCGCGUCGAGAACAACGCUCCGCCAUAUUCUAGGCGUAGUUGUUGCCACGGUGGCAGUCCUUCAAAUGUGGCAACUGUUUUGACCGACCGAUCCUCGCUAUAUGUCAUAGGUAGUAGUAGUAGCAGACCCAUUACCUUUUACAGAACUUUUCAGCCCAUUUUUGCCUAGAAGGAAUCGUGUCACGUGUGGAGCCCACCACGGUUUUCAGUUUCGUUCGUUAAAAGGCAUGAUGGGCCAAGUGUGUGGGCCGGGCCCAUAUUUAGGGGACCCAAAUGAUGUGGAUGCGAGUCAUGAAUGAAAAGGCUCAUCCGCAUACGUUAAAUGAGGGAAGCCGCCAACCAAUCCACCACCACCUUCAAUGGCGAAAGCUGACAUAGAAGAAGAUUUUUAAUAUUUUUUAGGAAUUCUUUCCAAGGAUUAUUUUACUUCAAUUCUUUAUAAUUAGAUGAAGAAGAAACAAAAUAAUGAUAUUUGGAGGAUUCAUUUAUUUGUAAUGGGGAACAAUUCAAUAUUGUUAAA